CUUGUCUCUCUCUCCCUCUCGCUCUCGUUCUCUCUCUCGAGCACCGCCCCCUUUCUUUUCCUUUUUCCUCCCUGGCUUCCACCUGCUUCACACUAGAGAUUCGCCAGAGCGCGUCAGUGCGCGUAAACCACGGGGAACGGAACGGAUCAGUACACAGUGCGCAUCCCUCUUCACCAUCCAGCUGCACUUUUCUUUUCCGCGUCGCAAAGAUUUGCCACAAUGUUGCUUUCUGCACUUUUAUCAUAAUCCAUCAAUGGAUUAAACCCGUGGAUGCAGAUGAAACCGAUCAUCAAAGAAGACAGAAGAAGAGGAUCAAACGAUCAAGGAGUUAUGUUUCAAACAGUCAUCUAUAAAGGGAGCCAUUAGCAUAUGUCAAGAGAGCAUUUACAUAAGGGCCAUAUUUAGGCUGGUGUUUCAGUACAGAGCCAGUCACAUCCAGAGAGCACAGGAGGAGAGAAGCCGCAUAAGCUUGUGUGCUGCCUGGAGUGCGUAAGAGAGAGUAUUGGAUACACAGGGGACCGGAGCAAAGGGGAGUAGCCUGGAAGGUCGAGAGAGCAUGUGCUAAAGCGAGAGCUAGAGAGAGAGAGAGAGCGAGAGAGAAUCGGAUGUAAACACGCAUUGACUGUCAAAGCCGCAAGCAGUGACUGCGCAAAACACUAGGGAAAGAGAAACCACAGGGGCUCUCCUCACGGCAACUUUUCUUCGACUGUCGGUGAUGGGUGCAGUCGGUGAGCUGGUGGGCAGCUUCUCUCACGGCUUGGAGAGCUUUGCGCACGGGUCUCAUUUCGUCCUCACGCCCCCCGGGGACUCCGGUGCUCUGGUGAACGAGCACAUCGUCUCCGCCGAGCGCCUGUCACGCAGCACUUCACCGGACCUGACGCAUCUGAAAGGGAUCCUCCGUCGGCGGCAGCUUUACUGCAGGACCGGCUUCCACCUCGAGAUAUUACAGGACGGUUCGGUGCAAGGCACGAGAAAAGACCACAGCAGAUUUGGUAUAUUGGAAUUCAUUAGCCUCGCUGUGGGGAUGGUGAGCAUCCGUGGCGUGGAUAGCGGAUUGUAUCUGGGAAUGAACAGCAAGGGUGAACUGUACGGAUCUGAAAAGCUGACAGCGGAGUGUGUGUUCAGGGAGCAGUUUGAGGAGAACUGGUACAACACUUACUCUUCUAACCUGUAUCGGCACGGCGAACGAGGAUCCCAUUAUUACGUAGCCCUCAACAAAGACGGAACGUCUCGGGAUGGAGCCCGCUCUCGGAGGCACCAGCGCUUCACGCAUUUCUUGCCACGGCCUGUGGAUCCAGAGCGCGUUCCUGAGCUCUACAAGGAGAUACUAGGUCACAGUUGAAACCACUGAACCUCAAAUUCAAACCCAAAAAAGCACCUGCAUGCCAUGCUCUUUAUCCCCCCCCCCAAGACAGACCUGUCUCAGGAGAAAGCAGUGCAGGCGGGUGGGUGGGGUGGGGGGAAGAGGACCUCUUCUGGAGCAAUAGCAGGAGAUGGAAAGCCCUCGAUUCCAGUGGCAGGAACCAAUUGUCUGGACUCUGGAUAGUUCCGGAAAACAGAACACUGCUUUGGAUCCAUUCACCUGCUAUAUGUAGGGAUUUCGGAUUAAAAGAGGGCAAAUUAUCACUGGUGGACCUCAAGCCAGAGAAUAAUGGACAUUUACUACUACUGAAGAUUCUACAAGGCUUCUGAAGGAAUUCUGCGAAAUGUUUUUUCAUAGAGAUUUCAUACUCUUCCAAACACUGGCAUGGACAAGCAGGAGACAAACUCCUCCAAACAUUUUUUCUUUAGGUCCUUUAAUUUAUGUUUUUUCAAGAUAUUUAUUUUAUAUAUUUAUUUAUUUUGAAAGUAUAUUUUUACAAGAAUAUAUGCAAGAUGUAACAGGAGGUCACGAGAGCUUUAUUUUCUACCGCUAUAGAGACACGACUUCUAGAGAUAGAUCUACUGGAGAAAGUAUUUUCUUAUGAGUUGUUCAUUUUCGUUUUUUUUUUUUUUUUUGUGUAUCUCUCAUGUCAUUAAACCAGAUCCUUAAGAGCCUGAGAAUGUUCCAGAAUUCACUGGGGAAUUAAAACAGUUCAAAUGAUUGCAUUUUGUUGUGUCCGUCUUUUCAGUAGAAACAUAAGGUCACCUGUCAGAGGU